AUGGCCAUAAACAAACUAGAAAGUAAUACAAUAGAAGUGGCUAAAGUUAUAGAAGUGGAGGAACUUUCAGCAGCGCCAGAUUUAGAAGAGUUAUUGUUUGUAGCUGUGACUUUUUGUGGUAUAAACUUUAAACCAUUUUUGCCAACUUCAACUGUGACAUUAUUCGCACUAAUAGUAAUAGUGAAAGCUCCAGCCAAUAUAACAAACAAUACUAUUAAAGCACGUUGA